CCUUCUCCGACGCGCAGCAGACCCCCCGCCCCCCCUCCGCGAAGGGCCAUGGCUGAAUGGGGCCCUGCCCAGAUCCAGGAAUGGAACGUCGAGGCUCAACACCUCAUGCCGCUCCAGCCUCCCCUCGUCCCCGAGUUGAGCCACAUGAGGGAAGCUCAGCUGCACACAGCUGAAGCGUCCCUCUGGAGCGUCGUGGCCACCGUCCAGGCCAUGGAGAGGAAGAUAGAUUUGCUGGCCACACGGCUGCUCAGCCUGGAGGGCCGCUCCGGAAACGCCGAGAAGAAAUUGCUGGACUGCGAGAAGACGGCCAUGGAGUUCGGCAACCAGCUGGAGAGCAAGUGGGCUGUGCUGGGGACUCUGAUCCAGGAGUAUGGGCUGCUGCAGAGGAGGCUGGAGAACAUGGAGAACCUGCUGAAGAACCGGAACUUCUGGGUCCUCCGGCUGCCCCCUGGCGCCAAAGGAGAAAUCCCCAAGAUGCCGGUGACCUUUGUUGACAUCGCGGUGUAUUUCUCCGCUGAAGAAUGGAAGAACUUGGCUGAAUGGCAGAAGGGCCUCUACAAUAACCUGGUGAAGGAGAACUACGAGUCUUUGCUGAGCCUGGGCGCUGAGGUGAAUGUGUCCAAGGCGGAGCCCCAUCCCAGGAUUGAGCGGGGAGCAGAAACGUGCAUCCCAGAGCAGCAGAACGCAAAGGAGCGGGAAAUUGCCACAGAUCCUUGCACAGAACCCUUGAUGUCCACACCUGACAUCUUGACCCGCAUCAAGCAAGAGGAGCCGUUUGCAGGAGGGGGGCAGUUCCCUCAGGAAAGAGGAAUCCCAGCAGACCCUUGCGCAGGUGCCGAGGCUCUCAUGUCCGCCCAUGACUUCUUAUCGUGGAUUAAGCAAGAGGAGGAACCGUGCGUCAGGGAGCAUUGGGAGCCGGCUGAGAGAGACAUCCUUACAGGCCCCGGCACAGCUGGCGACGGGAUGGCGGUCAAGACCGAGGAGCAGCGCCCGUGCCCGUGCCCGGAAGGAGCGGCGAGGCCCAGGGAGGCCGUGUUCCAGGGGGCCGGCCCAGGAGCGGCGGUGGGGCCCUACGUGGGCCAGUGCGGCCCGGUCCCACAGCCCCUGAGCCCGGCCAGGAGCAGACCUGACAAAGCGGUUUCCAAGCUGCCAUAUACACUGCCCUGGAUAGAGAGCCAAGAAGAGUUGUCUGCAGUUGGUCAAGAAGUCUCCAUGAAGAUCGAACUCCCUCUAGCAUCCAGGAGAGAUGUUGAGACUACAAUUAAGACAGAGCAGCAAGACCUCAACGAGGGUCACACAGAAUUGGGACAAAUCCUGAGACCUGCUAUGAGAGAAUGCACAGACCAGUCAAGGGCACAUGUUCUGCAGGGAAACCCACCAGAAGCUCCCUUGCAACCAGGACUAUCAGAGUCUGUGGGGCUGAAAUCUACCCUUGGGUGUGAUGGAAAAUCCCACAGGGCCCGCAUGCCUCAGAAUGGCACUGAGGGACAUACUAUCCCAGCCCUGGAACCGCAACUCACUAGCCAGGAGACGAGGUUUCACUGUGAGGAUGUCACCCCGGUGGCCUCUCAGGAGCAGCUCUCCCAUCGCUGCAGCGACUGUGGGGAGGCCUUUCAGCAGGGGCAGGAUUUGGCCACCCACCGGAGCACCCACAGCCGAGUCAAAGAGCAUCAGUGCGCUCACUGCGGCCAGUGCUUCUUCCACCGCUCCCGGCUGAAUUACCACAGCCGGACCCACACCGGCGAGCGCCCCUACAGCUGCAGCCAGUGCGGGAAAAGCUUCAGCCGCAAGGAGCACCUGCGCAACCACCAGCGGACGCACGCCGGAGACGGGGCUUUUCAAGGGGACGUGGCGAUUGUGGUCAAGGUACAGGACGAGGGUCUGAAUAACCAUCACGAAGGCCUGGAACAAAUCUUGGGCCCUCGGCCGAAAGAUUCCAGCGAGCAGCUGGGGAUGAAGGCGCAGGAGGAACACGUGGCAGGAGAUCCUUUGCGGUGGGGGGCGCGGGUGCCCACGGAACAGACGCCCACCCAUCGGUGUGACGGAGAGCCUCACAGGGCCAGCACCCCUCCAAGGUGCAACGAGAGCGGCAUGAAUGCAGUGGCCGAGCAGCAAUCGACGAGCCGGAAGAGGCCCCUCUGUGAGGCGGAGGAGGCGGAGGCGGAGGCGGAGGCGGAGGAGGCGGAGGAGGAGGAGAGCACCUCGGGGGCUGCUCAAGGUCAGCACUCGCACACUUGCGAGGACUGCGGAGAGGCUUUCCAGAGGUGGCAGGAGCUGGCGGCCCACCAGAGUCGGCACGGCAGGGUGAAGCAGCACCAGUGCCCCCACUGCGGCCAGCGUUUCCUGCACCGCUCCCGGCUGAACUACCACAGCCGGAUCCACACCGGCGAGCGCCCCUACCUCUGCACCGUGUGCGGGAAGAACUACAGCCGCAAGGAGCACCUGCAGAACCACCAGCGGCUGCACACCGGGGAGAAGCCCUACCAGUGCGAGGAGUGCGGCAAAAGCUACAGCCGCAGGGAGCACCUGCAGUACCACCAGCGGCUGCACACGGGCGAGCGGCCCUUCCAGUGCCCGGCCUGCGGCAAGCGCUUCAUCCGCAAGCAGAACCUGCUGAAGCACCAGCGCGUCCACACGGGCGAGCGGCACAAAGCGGGCCUCGCUUCCUCCGCAAGGAGCCCCCCGUGGACCGCCUGAGAACUUGCGCACAGGCGGAGGCAAGGCCUCGGCCCAAUCCCCACAGGGUCUUCUGUCACAAAAUGGCCGCCUCACGUCUGUUGAGAUCACAAAAUGGCCGCCACACGUCUAUUAAGAUCACAAAAUGGCCGCCACACGUCUAUUGAGAUCACAAAAUGGCCGCCACACAUCUACUGAGAUCACAAAAUGGCCGCCACACAUCUAUUGAGAUCACAAAAUGGCCGCCACACGUCUAUUGAGAUCACAAAAUGGCCGCCAGUCUUCCGCUGAGUCACUAGUCCGGUUAGCCAACUAGCCGUUUACCAGGCAUGUGGUGUUGUCUAUGGCUUCCCAGGCUACCAGAGAAGUGACUAAAUCUGUGAUCUUAACUCAGCUGUUUUGACUGUAAUAAUCUUACACAAACGAACAUGUCCUCAGAAUCUGCUACUUCAAACCAUCAAAUUAGCACUGAGACAAUUCAUAUCUUACUUCGACUGAAUGUACUUAAAAUGCAAGUUACGUUGGGCCUGAUCAGGUCCGCUGUUGGCACAGUGCCCAUACACUGUAA